GAGUUACCAUGAGUUGACCAAGAUCUCAUCAUUUCCUUUGUCACCUCUGCAGCCUUAGUUUCUCUUUCAACCCUAAUUAUUUGUGAGAGACAUUUGACAGUUUUCAGAGUUGCAUUUGGUCAGACUGAACGACCUGGCAGCUAUUGUCAAGUCAUGAAUGUCAUGGUUGGAUUGUUGCUGACCCGUACUCAGAUUCACGCAUGAAUCUGCAGCAGGAGAAACUCACUGUGAUGGAAGACAGGAUGGAGCUCGGUGUUUUGUAGCUGUGGGAGAAGCAGUGAUCAUCCAGCUGCUCAACAACGUGUCAGAAAUACCUAAAUAUGAAUGGAAAAAUGAAAGAGCCGUAAUUCUCAGAGGCAAAGGGUACAAUUUCUCUCAAAAUACCCUUCAGAACAGAUUUCUUUUUAUUCCCACCAAUGGUACAGUCGCAUUCAAGAACCUCAGGAGAACUGACAGUGGUGAAUAUACUUUGAAUAUCUUUGAUUCAAAUGGACGAAAUAUAGAAAGCCGAGCUCUUCAGGUGAUUGUUCAAGCUCCUGUGUCUUCUGUCCAUCUGAUCACCGAGUGUUUGUCCCGGUUAGAGAUGAAGGUGUCCUGUCUCUCUGAGGGAGGGGACAGUCCUCAGUACAUUUGGACUCUGAAUGGAGACAAACUGACAGACUCUGAACUUCUAUCAGCAAAUAAUGAGAAUAACAUUAUUAUUCUGCGACACAGUGUCUCAGGAAGUCUGGCCUGCUCCGUCAGGAAUCACAUCAGCAUUGGCUCCACAGAGCAGAUCAUCUCUGCAUGUAAAGAGUUUACAGCGGGAGAAACUCGCUGUGACGCCAGAGAGGACAGAGUUCAGUGUUUUGGAGCUUUGGGAGGAACUGUGAUCAUCCGCCUGAUGAACAACGCCUCAGAAAUACCUAAACAUGAAUGGAAAAAUAAGACAUCCAUAAUCCUCAGAGGCAAAGGACAUACAUUCUUUCAAAAUGUCCUUCCGAACAGAUUAUUCUUUCUUUCCAGCAAUGAUACGAUUAGCCUCACGAACCUCAGCAGGUCUGACAGUGGUGAAUAUAAUCUGGAAAUAUGUGAUUCUGAAGGACAGAAAACAGUGCAGACUCUUCAACUGCUAGUUCAAGCUCCUGUGUCAUCUGUCCGGCUCGUCUCUGAGUGUUUGUCGCAGUUAGAGAUGAAAGUGUCCUGUCUCUGUCAGAGAGGGGACAGUCCUCAGUACAGCUGGACUAUGGAUGGACACACACUGACCAGCUCUGAACUCCUCUAUGUGCAUAAUGAGACGAACAUUAUAAUUCUGAGAAAAAACAUCUCAGGACGUCUGGUCUGCUCAGUCAGGAAUCAAGUCAGCUACGCCUCUGAGGAAAAAACUCUAUUUGUUUGCAAAGAUGUCUCCUUGCUCGUACACAGUUUGCUGUUUGGUGUAACAAUUCUUUCCUGUGGCGGGAUCUGGCUCUAUUUCAAACUGAAGGAGAGCAAAUACAAGGACUUUGUCACUUACAUCAGAAAAGAGAAUCCAGAUGACUUUAAUGUAAUUCAACAGGCUGAUUUAAUUAAGCAUAAACACAAAUAAAUGUUUUUGUUCUCGUGAGUACAUAAAAAACACUUGAGUUGAAUUUUUAAAAAAUAUAUGUAGAUAUUGUUUAACUGUUUUUAGUAUUGAUCAAAAACAUUUAAAAAGUUUUCCUCAAUGAGAAAAAAAUACUGACACUGCUCAGAACUAUAAGCAGAAAAUAAGUCUCACAUUUUAUAAAACACAAAAUACAUAUGAAUCUAUUUUAGACACGUUUAAGUCAGUCUGUUACUUCUAGGACUUUUCUAAGGACUGACCUUUCAACAAAAAUAGAAUCAUAGUGAAGAUGAAAAUGAGAGUCCUUUAAAAGAAGCAAAUAGAGGAAGAGAGCUCUCGACAGCAAUCAGUUCAAAUUCAACCAAGCAAAGCUUCAUGUUGUGCUCUUUCUUCGUCUCCUUGUUUACCUACCAUCCAUUCAUGCACCCAUCCAUCCAUCCAUCCAUCCACCCUUCCAUCCAUCCAUCCAUCCAUCCAUCCAUCCAUCCAUCCAUCCAUCCAUGGUCUUUACCCACAUAUAAUUGAGUUGCUGGAGGGCUGAGCGUAAGGCUGACUACGUCCUGGACAGAUUGCCAGAGAGACACACAUGAAGGACAAUUCAGAGUCAUUAAUAAAUCCAGCAGAAGUGUUUGAACUGUAGGAUGUGUGGGGAGGCUGGAGUACCCAGAGAAAACCCACACAUGCAACAGGACAACAUGCAAACUGCCUGCAGAGAGACUCCAGACUGGCUUUGAAUCUUCUUGCUGCAAGGUGACAGUGAUGCCAGCUCCGCCAUUGUGCAGCCUGCUAAUCAUACAGCAAUGAGACUGACUUGAGCAUGUUGGCAGAAAAAACAUAUUUCCAUCAGUUUGCUACAAUAGCAUGAUCAGUGUAUUUUUAGACUUCCUCUGUUGUCUUCACUUCUUAGAAAGAAAGACAUUGAGUGUUAAAAGAAAGUCUGCUUUUGUGUGAAAUUGAUUAAAAUAAUUUAGAUGAUGUUUACAGGUGAUGACAAAAUAUUGUUUUAUAUGCAGCUAAAAUGAACCUUUAUGGGUUCGUUUGAAAUUGUAAGAAGUUGCAAUUUGUAAAUGAUCCUGCAUUCGCUUACAACACAAAUUUUGCAUAAGGUCUGGGGUAACUGGGCUUUUCGCUGUUCAAACUAUGUUAAGUGUUUAAGAUGAUGUGCCUGUAAGCAAUCAUAAAAAAAUGUGAAAAGCUUGUUUUAGUUUUGCAUUACACUGUGAAAUGUUGUCUUGGGGGGCAGCAGAAUUGACUAAGCUGUCACCACUUCCUGUUUCGCCUCUGCACAACUUCCUUUGCUCAGGCCGAUCAGUGACAGGAUGCAUUUUAAGCUAUUGAGCCGCACAAUGGUUUCUGGUAGAUGGUUUAAAUUAAUAGAAGCUGUGGUUGGGAUACUGGUGGUGCUACUGGGAGCCUCCUGGGGUGCAGAAACUUACUGUGAUUUCAGAAAAGAUGGAGCUCAGUGUUUUGGAUCUUUGGGGGGAACAGUCCUCUUCCAGCUGAUGAAUAACAUUUCAGAAAUACCUAAAUAUGAAAUGAAACAUAACACAUCAAAAAUCUUGAAGGGCAAAUUCAAUCAUUCUAUAGUAAUUGGUCUUCAGAACAGAUAUAAUUUCAUUCCCAGUAAUAGUACAUUAAGCAUAACAAGCCUCAGCAGAAAUGACAGUGGUACUUAUACUGUGGAAACCUUUGACUCAGAUGGAAAGCUAUUAGAAAAGAAAACUCUUCAGUUGGUUGUUGGAGCUCCUUUGUCCCCAGUCCACUUGGAGCAUGAGUGUUUGUCCCAGGGACAGAUAAAUGUGUCUUGUCUCUCCGAGGAAGGGGACAGUCCUCUUCAGUACAGCUGGACUCUGAAUGGACACUCACUGACAGACUCUGAGCUUUUCUCUGGAAAUAAUGGUACUAAUAUCAUCGUUCUGAGACAGAAUAUCUCAGGACGUCUGGUCUGCUCAGUCAGGAACCAAGUCAGUUUCAUCUUCAGGGAAAUACAAAUAUCUACAUGUCGCUUUGUAAACUGUUCUGUGAAUGGGACACAAAUAUCUUCCUGGGUGUUUCAAGAAAAUAACAGCCUAUGUGUUGAACCAACAAGAGUCCCUUCACCAGAUGCUCCUGAUAUUAAUGUGAUUAUGGGAAGAAGAAAAAAAAUAACAGAGUGGAGGAAAAUAAUGGAGAACUGGCCAAUGAUAACGGGAGGACAAGAAGGCGAGAAGAGCAAUCUAUGGAUGUCCAAGCAGAGUAUGGCCAAGUGAGGAAGAAACCUCGGCAUUCUGAUGUUUUGUUAUCAGAUAACAAUGAUGUGUAUGCAAACGUCCAUAAGAAAACCUCAGCUAGAUAAAUUCAUGUUGUCUGCAUUAUGCUGAAAUCAAGAAAGAAGAGACAACUUCAUAACCAAAUGGCUUUGUUUUUCCUUAUUUGACACAAAGUUAUACCUCCGUGUCAAAUAAUUCAGUCUUUAGGAUUUGUGACUUUAAACAGUCUUCAAUUUUUUAAACAAGCUAUGUGUCUGUGAACAGGUUUAAAUCUACGGCCUCAAAAAGUUGAUAAAUGUUCUUUUAUUGAUGUUCUUUUCUUGUUUGUAAUGACCGUACAUGUUGAUGAACUGUAAAGUUGAGUGUUUCAUCAGUUACAAGUUGUAGUCAACUUGUACAAUCCUGUUAUAUAGCUGUGAUCACAGUAGCUUAAUGUACUGAAAUGAGCACAAUGACAGUUUUUGUUCUCAUGCCAAAAACAGUAUCAUGUUUAUUAUUGAACUGGGUGCUACUUUUUACCCACUUAGCUGUUCUGUUAGCUAACCUCAACAUUGGCACAAAGCUGGUUAGAGAUGGUGACUCUGAACAUGAACAUAUUAUAAGAUGGUAAUGAACUGAAUUAAAAGGACCAAAAACAAUCAGAAGGUACAAAGAAAGAUGGACAAACUAUAAAGCAAGCAAAAAACAACAGCCCACGACAAGUGCCAGUUAUUAUCAACAUUUCAGCAAAUACAAGCAUUGAUGAAAUGAAUAUAUUUUGUCUAUGCAAAUGUAAUUGUUUUGAGCACUGCAGAUGUCAUUUUUUAAUCGCUGUGCAGCAGCUCCACUGCUUUUAAUCUCCUCUUUACUAAGUGGAAACAACAUUUUGUCCAGCAGGGGAGGCUGGACAAAUGCUUGUUUUCCACCAUCUAGACUCCAUAAUGUCUAAUAAAACAUGAUAUGAUAUGUUUAAGAUUUUUAAUAAGUCUUUAAAAACUAUGCAAGCAAUAGGACUACAAACAUUAGUACAGACACAAUACUUUAGAAAAACAUAAAACACACUCUUAAAUGAUGCUGACAUCAUUUUGUUCCUCUUCUUGCCAUUUUUUAACAUGUGAACUGAGCUACUCUUGGAACACUUCCUGUCAUUUUCUAUCUCUUUCCUUUUUUGUGCAAGGCAGUGAUCUUGUCAAAAAGGACCUUGACUUAACAUUAUUUCUAACCUGCAACGAAACAUCCCCAUCAAUAGUCCUGAUAUUUUAGGAGUUUGAUCUCAUCCGGAACAGGAACCAUUCCCAGCAUAGGUUACCAUGGUGACGGACCCAGCUAAAAGGUGAACCAGCUGUGCGAAAACAAACUUAACCUGAAGUAACUUUGAUAACAUUGACUAAUCCCACUUCCUUGUUCAUGUGUAUUAUUUUAUACUGCUAUCAUGUUCGAAAUAAAAAAUAAAAUAAAUAAUAGCUUCUACGUGCAUUUCUCUGUACAUUCUUUUAUAUGUUCAAAGCCACUAAAUACUGAUAUGCAGUAGAUAAAAUGUUGAAUAACUUCAUAUUAUUUUAUAUGCUAAGCUUGACUUUUUUUUUACAUUUAGUGCUGGGGUCAGCUACCUUUGCAGCACUAAGAGCAGUUUUGUUAGUAGUGUGGCGAGACACAACUAAGGUCUUGUUUCAUUUUCUAGUCUAAAAAGUUAAGCAGUCAUCACUUCCUUUUUCCACCAAUGUAGACAUAGUUUCUGUCUUUCCAUUUAUUAGUGAGUCAGACAGCUUAUAGUUUCUAGUGCUGCAUUUGUCUGACUAUCAUGAAAGGUGUUUUCGGACUACUGGUUAUGCUACUCAGGGUAUCACAAGCAGUGGAAACUUUCUGUGAUGGCAGACAGGAUGGAGCUCUGUGUUACGGCGCUUUGGGCUGGAAGUGUGGAACUCCAGCUGAUGGACGGCGCCUCAGAAAUACCCAGAUACAAGUGGAGGAAGAAAGUAUCAGCUACCAAAAUCUACCAAAUGAUUCUUACAGGUCAAAAGAACACGGUUAAAAAGAAUACUUUGAGUAGCAGAUCUGUUUUUUUCCCCAAUAAUGGAACUUUCAGGAUCAAUAACCUGAACAGCACUGACAGUGGUGAAUACACACUUGAGUUUUUUGAUUCAAAUGACCAUAAAAACCAAAGUCAGACUCUACAGUUGUUUAUAGAAGCGCCGGUGUCCUCUGUCCAGCUUGUCUCUGAGUGUUUGCCCCAAGGACUAAUAAGGGCUUUCUGUCUUCCUGAGGGAGGGGACAGUCCUCAGUACAGCUGGACUCUGGAUGGACAUGCACUAACAAACUCUGAGCUCCUCUCUCGAGAUAAUGACACAAACUCAAUUGUCUUGAGACGAAAUAUCUAUGGACGUCUGUCCUGCUCAGUCAGGAAUCAUAUCAGUCAUGUCUCCAGGGAUCAAAUUGUGUCUGUCUGUAAAGAAAUGAAAACUUACUGCGAUGGCAGACAGAAUGGAACUCAGUGUUAUAGACCUCUGGGGGCAACUGUGGUUCUCCAUCUGAUGGACAGCUUAUUAGAAAUACCUAAAUAUGAAUGGAGACGUCAAAGCUCAACAAUCUUUAAGGGCAGAACGAACACAAUUUUUCCACAUCCCCUCCAGAGCAGAUAUCUCUUAAUGCCGAGUAAUGGUACAGUUACUAUACAGAACCUUAUGAAGGCUGACAGUGGUAAAUAUACUCUGGAAACCUUUAACUCAGAUGGACAGAAAACAGGGCAGCAUACUCUUCAGCUGACUGUUCAAGCUCCUGUGUCCUCUGUCCAGCUGGUUACCGAGUGUCUGUCCAAGUUAGAGCUGAAAGUGUCCUGUCUCAUAGCGGAAGGGGACAGUCCUCAGUACAGCUGGACUCUGGAUGGAAACACUCUGACAGAUUCUGAGCUCAUUUCUGGAAACAAUGAGACGAACAUCAUCGUUCUGAGACAAAAUGUCUCAGGACGUCUCCUCUGCUCAGUUAGGAAUCACAUCAGUCAUGUCUCCAAAGGUGAAUUAAUUUCUCCGUGUAAAGACGCUUCUCAGCUCAUAUGUGGUUUGAUGUUUGCUGCAGCCAUUCUUUCAUGUGGUGGGAUUGGCCUCUAUUUCAAAUGGAAGGAGACAAAAUAUAAGAAAAUGCUCAUCACACCACAAAUAAAAGAGAAUCCAGAGGACUUUCAAAUUAUUGAACAAAGUAAUUUGGCUGAUGUUUAAGUACUAACCUUUGUAGUUAUCCUCUGUUAACAUGUGACGAAUUUAGCAGCUCAGUUCAAAUGUGGAAAAAAAAAAAGUCAGAAUAAGAAUAACUGCUCUAUUUUAACAUCUUUAACGUAUCUGUCCUGACAUUUAACAUAAAAAAAUGUAAACUGGACCUAAUACAAAUAUGUAUUAUUACUCAUGUUUCUUCACAUUUGAGUUUGUUGAACUGAACUGUAUUAUUCAAUUUAUAUUCUUGAAAGAUGUUUUCUUGAUAGAGAGUAAUUCAUAGUUCAUAGGCAUUCAUAAGAUUUGCACUUUGAAUUUAUGCAUAUUUUUCCAACUUUAGAAAGCUUUCUAUGUAUCUGUUCAUCAGUGUAACUAAUACUUAAGUAAUAAACAACUAAGGAUUUAUUGCCUGUUUGUUAUUUGUUUACAGUUUUCAGUUGUGUAAGUAUAGUGAAGGGCAAACUGGUUCUUACAUAAACACUGACUGAAAAAUGAGAAUGUAUUCCUGUGUAGUACGUCUGCAAAGAAUGGUGAUUUAUUAAUAGAGUAUGCAAAAUUAUUAGAAAAUGAAGAUUUAUGGGAUAUCAAUGUUGCAUUUAAGAUCUACCUUUUACUGGUCUUUGCAGUUUUGAGGAACAAAAAUAAGUCACCCACACUUCCUUUAUUUACA